AUGGGAUUCGGUCAAAGCCCUGGGACCGCGAGCAGCAGUUCUGGCAGCAAUGGCAGCAACGGGGACCGCGGCGGCGUUUCUUUCAUCGGCAGCGGGGGAGUCUCGUUCUUCAAGUCUUUAUUCGAUUCGUCUCAGAAAGCAGCUACUAAGACGGUAGUGGUAGAGGAUGGCGACACGCUCUGGGACCUCUCCGUGAAAUUCGGCGUGGAUUGCGAGCAGCUGCAGGCGUUUAACAAGCUGACGUCGGACACUAUUUACUCCGGGGACGUUCUUAAUAUCCCCGUGUCCCCCGCGCGCGUGUCCCUUUCUGAAACGGCGCAAAACUCUGCCGGAAACGCCUCCGCGCGCGUGUCCCUCUCCGCGCCCCCGCUGCUGACCCCCGCGCAAGCAACCACUUCCCCUUCACCCUCUUCCUCCCCCUACGCGCGAGAGUCCCCGCAGCCGUGCUUACGUGUCAGCACUACCGCCACCGCGACCGCGGCCGCCAGCACCGCCAGCACCUCCAACACCGCCGCGGACAGCAGCCCCGAGGGCCUUCGCGACAGCAGCGGGAGUAGCGGGAGCGGCGGGAGUAGCGGGAGCGGCGGGAGCAGCAGCAGCAGCGGGAGCAGCAGUGGGAACGGGGGGAGCAGCGGGAUGGGCGAGAGCAGUGGGAGCGGCGCAAAUGCCUCUACUUCUAGCAAAAAGGAGAUUAAGACCAAGUCAGUCUUAGUCCGCGAUGGCGACACGGCGUGGGACAUCUCCCUGCGCUUCGGGCUCACUCUAGACGAGCUAUUAUCUCUUAACGCGAGCAUUCCCGACCCGCUAUACCCCGGCGACGAGCUAUUGCUGCCUGCAGACGCGGUGGAACGGCCGCGCGCGCUGGUGGCGCUGGCAGGCGUGAAGGCGAAGGUGAAGGGCACGAUGCGCAAUGCAAACUUCUGGGACGUGUUUCCGCCGCCCAGGAACAUCGACGCCUACCGCAAGCGCUACCGCGUGUUGCUGGAUGCGAUGAGAUACGUGGAGACGAGCUUCAUUGAACCCGCCCCUGUGGGGGAUGAUGGGCUGUCCAUCGGCCCCCUGCAGAUCAGCAACGACUAUCACACGGAUGCGUGGUGGCUGGAGCACCGCCCGCCACUGUGUUACGAGGACUGCCAUUGGUCGGUGGAGCACAGCGAGCGCACCGUCAUCAACUACUGGCUGCGCUACUGCCCCUGGUCCCUCGAAUUCCACGACCACGAGACCCUCGCUCGCACGCACAAUGGCGGCCCGGGAUUCUACCGAUACAUCAAAACAGCUACCUACUGGCGGAAGGUGAAGAGUGCGAUGCGGCAUGCGGGGUGGUUCCGACUCGCUCCAUUUGGUCCACCUACCAUUGACGCACACCUGCGGUUUCCCAUUUCUGCCUAUCGUUGGACAAUGGCUGCGAUUCAUCGCUUCGCCGUGCUGCUGCUAGCCGUAGUCGCGGUAUGCCACGUCAGCGACGUGUCAGCACUCAACCCCGGGGAAGUGGGGCGAGCCAUUGACUUCAUCGGGAAGCGGCCGGAAUACAAGGCGAUCUUCAAAUUUGUCGACGACUAUUUGAAAUCUCUCAUCCCGCUGACCGACCUGACUGUUCUUCUGCCCGCCAACAUCGCACUGCUUCGCAACUACACCAAGGACCAGCAGACAACAAUUCUGUCGUACAACAAUCGCCACGCGCUACCUCUUCCGCAACCUCACCAACAUGCCGGCCGGCACGGAGCUCGACACUCUCGAGGGAAACAUGGUCACGAAGCGCGGCCCCAAGAGCCUGCCGACCGUUACGUUUAA